AUGGAGGGACAUCUUCCUCCUCUGAAAGGUGUGAGUGCCACAUGGCUGCACACCAGCUUCACUUCCUGGGUGGUGGACAUCAUCUUUCCCAUCCUGUGUGGAGUGGGGCUCUUUCUCCUGAUACUCCCCUGCCUCAAGAGUGACCCAUCCCCACCUGCUAGACAAAAGGGGAAUAUCAGGAAGCACUGGAAUGAGGGUGAAUCUCUGGGAGGCCUCAAAGGGGACAUGGUUCCCCAGCCUGACCAGCUGGCCUGUCCUCCUGACCUUGUCUGCCUCUGGCUGAAGCUUGUGCCUCCUGUCUCCUGCAGCCACCAGGGGAAGCCCCCUGACCAGGACAGAGCUCCUCAUCUCUUAUAUCAAGACUUCUUGGGAGAGCAGCGCGAACCAGCACUGGCCAGAGUCCACCAGCCUCAUGAGUGUGAUGCUUCACCUGCCAUCUUUACCUCACCGGCUUCCCCAGCUCCUCUGCCUUCAGCCUCCUGCCUCUCACAGGAACCUCAUGAACUCCAUUCUAAUUUGCAGAGAAUCCCAGCUGGCCCUGUUCCAGAUAGCUCCCCUCCAGGUAACUCCAAUUUGGCCUCUCUCAUCAUGGCCAUCUCAGGCCUUGACCACUUAAGUGGUUCCUUCUCACUCUUCUCCUGGUGGUGGGCAGCUACCAAGACCUUUGUCUUCCUCGGUUCGCUGCAUGGCAGACGCCAGCAAGAGCAUGUUUCCCACCGUCCACAAGAGGCCUCAUUCUGGGGUGAUCCCACAUGCAGGCAAUUGGAAGCUAGUGGCUCCUUGUUUGUCAGCUCUGAUGUUCGGAAGCUGCUAGAAAUACUCAUCUCCAAGAAAGUAGAACAGAUGUGGAAGGCAAAAGAAGAUGGGUCACUUCUGAAAGAAAUGCACCCAGGCCACUGCCUGAAUUCUUUGGGGAAUCUGUUGAGGUCUCCGCGUGAUAAGCAGGCUGCCACCAUCUCACAGCCUUUAUGUGGGCUAAAAUACAAGCCAGUGCAGCCACUGCAUCCUCAGCAGCUCUCUUACCCUAAGGUCUUUGGGGAUCACUUGGAGCAGGAAUACAGCCAGCUUUUCUGGGGCCUCCCCUCCCUGCACAGUGAAUCCCUAGUGGCUAAUGCCUAUGUCUCCAGAUUCCAAAAUCCCUCAGUUAAAUUCAAUACCAGCUCUAGUUCUCCAGUUCAAAUUCAUUCAUCGCCCCAACCACACAAGUUAGAGACCCCACACCAUGUCCCAUGCUUUCCCACAAAACAACCAAUUUCAUCUCCAUCUGAGGUUAGGACCUGCAAAACAUCCUGCCCUACAUCCCAGCAGAGGGCACGAUCUAUCAUCCCAACCUAUAAUGAACAAAUGGAAUGGCCCUUUCAGCAGCCAGAGAAAGGGAGGAGGGCAAUACUUUCUCGUUGCCAAAACUCUCAGGAACUCACUGGCCAACCUACUCUCAACCAUCCCCAGGACAACCAGGAGGAUACAACAUCUUGUUGUACAUUUCAGGAGAAAACAGGCUCUAUCCUCUCAACUGAAAAUCAACAAAUUGAAUGGCCCUUGCAGAAGCAACAGAAACAGAGGAGGACUUUAGUCUCUCAUUUCCCGAACCCACAGGAAGUCACUGGCCAACCCACUCCCAAACUUCCCCAGGGCAGCCAGGCCUCCCACACCUACAAGGCUUCCUCCACUGUCCCUGAUUAUUAUAAUAGCUCUAAGCUCCGUGAGCCACCAAAACAGCAAAGUCAGGUGAGAUUCUUCAAAGAUGAAUGUCAAGAUGGUCCCCCCUACAGAGCCCAAGCAUCUUGGAAAGUGAUACAACCUCAAGGACAAUUCUUACAGACCUGUCAGUGCCAGGCAAAGGACAGGCACCAGCCCUGUCAGACCUGCCAGUCCAGUGCAUUUACAUGUAAAGGCAACAAUGAGGAGCAGAUUAUGGGGUCUAUGCGCUCUAGAAGAAUUUUUGGCAAGGGUUCGGUAAGGUUCAAACUAGACAAACCAAUCAAGAAUGUAGGGCAAGAUUGGAAAUGCUCAAAAGAUAUAGUCUGGAGUCCAGGUAGCACCUCAAUGAAGCUUCUGGAGAGUAAGAAAUCAGAAAGUUCUUUGACAACAUCUGGGAGGGGUGACUAUGAAAAUUAUGUAACUAAGAGCUCCAACAAGAAGUAUCUUGAAAAAAAUCUGAAAGCCCAUUUGGGCAGGAAGUUGGGGCAGAUCCAGGAGGGCAAGAUCCCUGUGAAAGUGCGUCGAUCCUUGUUUGCAGUCAACUGUGCUUCUCCCAAGUUUGACACCCAUCCAAAACCCAGAAAUCUCACCACCUCAAAAGGCCAGAGGUCCUUCACAGACACCACCAGGGAGCUUUCAUUUCUUGAUCCACACAUUCGACUGAUGCUAGAAACACACAUUAUAAGGUUCCGAGUGAGGCAAAAGUGGGGGCUACACCUCCAGGCUCUUGAGUCUAGAAAUCUCAAUUUAGGUGCAGUUCAAUCCUCAGCCCUUACACAGUCAGCCUUUUCAACCUCAGCCUUCCGUGAAUCUGGUGCCAAGUUGAGAGCCAAGGCUGCUGACUUCCUAAGAGAACUUCCUUGGAAAGGUCAAAGAGAGAAGGUUAUGACCAAAAAACCAGUUCCCACCCUGGAGAAGUGUCCACUUUCUCCCUCACCUACACAUAAGGAAGUCCAGAGGGCCCUGAAAGCCAUGCCAUGUGGUAGUAACCGCAAGUCUUCAGUGGCUCCUCUGAUUGGACAGCCAGGCAGGCUGCCUGCUCAGCCUCUCACUUAUAACCUCCCAGGCAGAAACUGGCAGAGUCGUACUGUUCAUGGAGCUGGAAAAGACUGCUUAGAACUGAGUUCAAGGCAUGCCAUGACAAAGUAUAAGCCAUGGGAGGAUAGAGGAGACCUGGGAUCAUCAGACCCUUGCUGCAGCACAAGAACAUUUAUGAUCAAUGCAGGAUCCAAAUCUCCAAGGGAGAAAAAGACCAAGGAGACAGGGGAGGCUAAGGAGAAGGUCUCUACUUGGGAAGUCUCUGUGGGAACCAGUGUGGCAGCAAAGUCCCACAUUAAUGUGAGUCUGAAGAGUUUAGAAUCUCUGGGGAUGAAGAAAACAUCAUCACCUUGUGAAAAUUCCACUGACCAGCAUCCAGGAGAGCCAAGACGGAAAAGAAGGAUUACCAAGGAAUUGGAGCUCAAAGUGGAGGUAGAGUCAGGGAAUCAGCCUCAAGACACAACCACUAGCAUUAUCCAGCAAGAUAGACCCUCUGUGUUACUCUAUGAUACAGGUAUGCCCACAUCUCGGGGCCCACUAAGCAUCUCUCAGAGCGUAUCCACUAGUGACAUAUCGGCUUUCCAGGAGCUAUGUGACCCUCUAUCAAGGGAAAGCAGCAGCCAAGGGCAGCAAGAACCCAGAAUCCCAAAAAUGAAGGACCCACAUAAGAGUGUGAUAAAAACAAUUGAUUCUCCUAACAAGAGAGACGUCUGCAAGAGACCUAAACCAGGAGAGAAAGAAAGGAUUGUAGGACAGCAGAUCCUCCCUGCCCAUGGGAGGAGCCACCCUGCCCAAGACAGGGAAACAGGAGACACCCUGGGGAGUAAGUCUUCCCCACUCCUGCCAAAGAAGGAACAGCUACCUCCAGAAAACCAUGUCAAGAAAAUGGCGUGCCUUAGCCCCAACAAAAAAGGCAAAGGGUGGGGAGAUUAUCUGCAAAAAAUGAAGCCAUCAUCUGCCAUUUCACAGAGCAAAGGAACAGUCAUAAGCAGAUAUUUUGUGGAGAAGAAGGAGCAGGAGGCCCGGGCCAUCAUGACAUUUGUUGCCAAGAUUCUGGCAGACAAACUGAGGCUUCACUAUGGACGUGGUUCCUUAGAGUUAAGUUGGGCUAGGGAGGAUGCUCAGACUCUGGUGGGCCAGAGGAGUCCUGGCCGCAGGAGUCCCUUAUAUCUAGAAGAAAGGAGAGUGGUGACAGAAGUGGAUUUUGGUCACCAAGUCAACCCCAAAGACCAAAGACAUCUCAUCAGCAAUAGAUGUGUCAGAGACAGGAACAGCAACUGGGACUCUCCACCCAGAAAGCCUGUGUCCCUAGGCAGCCCCUGCCAGGUCAGGCCAAGUGUGGCAGGUGCCUCUGGCCACCUUCAUCAUUACCCAACAGAGAGGGACCUUGAGAGAUGUGUCUCAUCUCAUCAACCAGGUCAUGAUUCCCACACCUUUUCUGGUGCAAAAACUUUUCUACUACAAAGAUGUCAGUUUGUGCAGAGAAAAGUUGUUUAG